GGUCUGCAGGAGGAGGAGGAGGAGGUUGGAGGAGCCAGGGGUUCGAGAGGCACCAACGCAUCGCUUUCUACUGGGCUUUUUGUUCUAUUAAGUUCCGAACAUUAUCUUAUUCCAUGGAAUUAGGAAAUUAACCUCGGGAGAUUGGACAUCUAAAUCUGCUUCUUCGUCGGCAGUCGUGAAGGGAUUUUAAAGGUUGUGAAGGACGAGUCCAGUGAAUGAAGAUCAGUCCAUCAGCAGAAUGGGUGGCGGAAAGGUGUUGUGGAUUGGCGUGGCGGCGGCUGCCAUCACCUUCUUUAUAAUUAUCCCGGUGGCAGUUCACCUGAACAGAGCUAAUGAUGCUAAUAAAAGGUCCUACACCCUUGACGACUAUUUUAAUUCCACCAUCAAAUGGAAAUCCUAUAAACUACGAUGGAUCUCAGAUAACACUUAUCUUCAUAAAAGGGAAGGAAAUGUGUUCCUCUACAACGUUGAAACCAAGGAGGAGUCUCUGUACCUGAGCAACCUCACGUUUGCCAGCGUGGACGCCAUAGACUACCUGCUGUCGGGGGAUCAGAAGUACGUCAGCCUCGAGAGCAACUAUACCAAGCAAUGGAGACACUCCUACACUGCCUCCUACUCCAUCUUCAGCCGCGAGAGCUUAACAUUCCUGACUUUUCCGGAUAUUCCAGAGAAAGUGCAGUACUUCAGUUGGGCGCCCACCGGGAACGCAUACGCUUACAUCUCAGACUUCAACAUCUACCUGACGGCCACCGUGACCUCUGAACCCGUCCAAGUGACCUUCAACGGGAAGAAGAACGAGAUCCUGAACGGAGUCCCCGACUGGGCGUACGAGGAGGAGGUGCUGGCCUCCAACGAGGCUGUGUGGUGGUCGACCUCCUCCCGCUUCCUGGCCUUCCUGCAGAUCAACGACAGCCAGGUGCACAGCGUGGAGUUCACCUUCUACGGCUCAGAGCAGUACCCUGUAACCAGAGCUGUCCCCUACCCCAAGGCCGGCUCCACCCUGCCGCGGGCCCGGCUGCUGGUCGUGGAGGCGGCGGACCCUUCUAGACUCAAUGAGGUCGAGCCCCCCGAUGCCGUCACCACCGGCGAUUACUUCCUGAGCUCAGUGACCUGGGUGACGGACGAGCGCGUCGCCGUCCAGUGGCUCAACCGACGGCAGAACCGCGUCCACGUCCAGAUCUACGACUCUGAGGGGGGCCGCUGGAGAGAGGGGCAGAGCUUCGUCCAGACCAGCGGGACGGGCUGGGUGGGCCAUUACUCCCCGCUCCCCCUGUUCUUUGCGGCGGACAACAUUAGUUUCUACAAAGUGAUGAGCGACUCGCUGGGCUACAAACACAUCCAUCAUGUCAGAGACGGCGUUGCUGUCCCAGUCACUUCAGGCCAAUGGGAGGUCAUCUACAUAACCAAACUCACCACAGACGCCAUAUAUUAUAUAAGUAACGAACACAACGCACCAGGGGUGAGAAAUGUUUAUAGGCUGGGCAUCGGGAGCAGCGUGGCCCCGCCCCACUGUCUGAGCUGCGACGUGAGGAGGGACCGGUGUCAGUACAGCUUAGCCUACAUGAGCGCCAACGCCUCCUACUGCCGCAUGGACUGCUACGGCCCGGGGCUGCCCAUCUUCACCCUGAGGGACAACAGAGGAGCCGGAGAAGAGCUGAAGGUUCUGGAGGACAACUCAGAGAUCCAGAGCCUUCUGGAUCAGUUCCACCUGCCCACUGUGAGGCGAGGCACACUGAAGAUCGCAGGGUUUGAUCUGUGGUAUCAGAUGUUGCUGCCGCCAAACUUCAAGAAGUCCCAGAAGUAUCCUCUUCUUAUCGACGUGUACGGAGGCCCCUGCAGUCAAAAGGUGGACUAUGGUUUCCGGCUGAACUGGGGCACCUACCUGGCCAGUACCGAGGGCAUCAUAGUGGCCAGCUUCGAUGGGAGGGGAAGUGGAUAUCAAGGAGACCACAUCAUGCACUCCAUCUACAAGCGGCUCGGCACCUACGAAGUUGAGGACCAGAUGACCGCCGUCAGGCAUUUCAUUGAUUUGGGUUUCAUUGACAAAGAGAGGAUUGCUAUUUGGGGCUGGUCUUAUGGCGGUUAUGUGGCCUCCAUGGCGCUGGGGGCUGGAAGCGGACUCUUCAAGUGUGGAGUCGCCGUGGCUCCAGUGGCCAAGUGGGAGUAUUAUGAUGCAGUAUAUACUGAGCGCUACAUGGGCACGCCCGUAGACAACGUGGAUGCGUACCAGAAUUCCACUGUGACAAGAAGAGCAAAUAACUUCAAGAACGUGGAUUAUCUACUGGUCCAUGGAACAGCUGAUGAUAAUGUCCACUUCCAACAAGCAGCCCAGAUAUCUAAAGCGCUGGUGGAGGAGCAGGUGGACUUUGAGGCGAUGUGGUACGCAGACAUGGACCACGGCCUGGGCGGCUCCGCCACCCAACACGUCUACACGCACAUCAGCCGCUUCCUGCACAAGUGUCUGGUCCGCCCCCAAUAGGGCCAGCUUCCUGAACAGGAUUCUGGUCCGCCCCCAAUAGGGCCAGCUUCCUGAACAGGAGUCUGGUCCGCCCCCGACAGGGCCAGCUUCCUGAACAGGAGUCUGGUCCGCCCCUCGAUAGGGCCAGCUUCCUGAACAGGAUUCUGGUCCGCCCCGGAGUCUGGUCCGUCCCCGAUAGGGCCAGCUUCCUGAACAGGAGUCUGGUCCGCCCCCGAUAGGGCCAGCUUCCUGAACAGGAGUCUGGUCCGCCCCCGAUAGGGCCAGCUUCCUGAACAGGAGUCUGGUCCGCCCCCGAUAGGGCCAGCUUCCUGAACAGGAGUCUGGUCCGCCCCCGAUAGGGCCAGCUUCCUGAACAGGAGUCUGGUCCGCCCCCAACAGGGCCAGCUUCCUGAACAGGAGUCUGGUCCGCCCCCAAUAGGGCCAUGUUCCUGAACAGGAGUCUGGUCCGCCCCCAAUAGGGCCAGCUUCCUGAACAGGAUUCUGGUCCGCCCCCAACAGGGCCAGCUUCCUGAACAGGAGUCUGGUCCGCCCCCAACAGGGCCAGCUUCCUGAACAGGAGUCUGGUCCGCCCCCAAUAGGGCCAGCUUCCUGAACAGGAGUCUGGUCCGCCCCCAACAGGGCCAGCUUCCUGAACAGGAGUCUGGUCCGCCCCCAAUAGGGCCAGCUUCCUGAACAGGAGUCUGGUCCGCCCCCAACAGGGCCAGCUUCCUGAACAGGAGUCUGCUGACGCAAUGCAUCCUGGGUCCAUGCUUCUGCUUUUCGGAUAUUGUUCAUGUUGUAUUAAUGUAUAUUUUGAAGCCGUACGUAUGACUAUGUGUUUGGAUUCACUCUGUAGGGACAAAAUGUGAGCUUAUGUAAUCUAAAGGUGUGAUAUUGGAGCCACUGUGUUUAUAAAAGUGUUUUAUAUCCUACAAAAAGCUGGUGAACAAGUCAAUGAAACGAUGAAACUCUUUUUAAUGUUCUCGUGUGAUGUACCUGUUACCUUGAUAAAAUUAAAGAUCAGCUGAAUAAAAGUCA